CAGGCCCAGCCCAGCUAAACGGCCUUUCCUCCUCUCGUAGGAGAUAGGCAGAGGCCAUGGCGUGGCUGCCAUCCACGGCCACCACGGCCGGAUUGCCGAUGCCUGGCGCUACAGAGCGCCUUGGAGAGGAUAAGGAGGACGUCCCCGAUGUCGUGGACAAACCCUAGCUGCUUUUCCACUUCCCCUCGCUCGCUCUCCCCUCCACAACACGCGCCCGACACGCCGUCGCCGCCUCUCGUUGAUCCCGUGGCCACUGGCCUCCCCUCGUCGCGCCAAGAGGUCCAGGAGAACCGUCGUGGUCUACUUCGUCUACCCCGAGCACUGGAUCGAGCAAGGAAGGUCCGUACACUCGCCAUCGACCUCGUCUUCCACGCGUACAUCGCCGGCGUCCGGCGUCGAUUGCCGCCGCUCCGGUCCACCUCCGGCCUCCCCGACCUCGCCUUCGUGCUCACUACCCCGAGACCGAUGUUGCCCCUGUGAUCGACUACGUCGACGACGACCCCUCCUUGCCAGAACAACCAGGCAAGCCCCCCUUUGAUCAUCCCGAUAUCGCCC